UCAGAGUUAAUGAGUAAUUCCAGGAAGUGGUGCUGCCAUUAUAUGCAUUGACACGACUAUGAAACGGCACCCUUAUAUUUAAGUAAAAUCCCUUUUUUUAAAUUAAUUAAUUAACCUCUUUUGUGGAAAAAGCAUGAAGAAGAAGAAGAAGGAAGAGGAGCUGAAAGAGAAGGGGCCAGUGUCCAAGUGCCCAGAUAACACUGCAUUCAAACAGCAGCGCGUCCCAGCCUGGAGACUCACCCUCUCUGCCAAGGCCGUCCUCUCUUCUUUCUUUCUUAUCGGCGCCUUCUGCCUGGCCGUGGGCAUCAGCUGGAUUGUGGCAACGGUCAACGUUAAAGAAAUAUCGAUCAAUUAUUCCAACGCCUGUACAAUUUGUUCGGAGCUUCGGCAAAAUUCCUCCAAUUCAGAGAAACCCUGUAACUGCAUUGUGAACUUCACAGUGCCCGAGGAACUGCAGGGGGAUGUGUUUCUAUACUAUGGACUCAAUAACUUUUUCCAGAACCAUCGCCGUUAUGUAAUAUCCAGAUAUGACACUCAGUUGCUUGGGAGAAACGUGACCACUUCUGAGACUAUAUCGAAAUCUUACUGUGCGCCGUUUUCCACCUAUAACAAUGGAACCCCAAUGGCUCCCUGUGGCGCAAUUGCCAACAGUUUGUUCAAUGACACUAUAACAUUCUAUUACUAUCCAACCGCAACUACAAAAAUCCAAGUUCCUCUCCUGAGAACAGGAAAUACCUGGUGGUCCGAUAAGAACAUCAAGUUUAAAAAUCCGCAGCCAAGAAACAAUCUGGUCCAAGCAUUUGCAGGGAGUGUCAGGCCACCUUAUUGGCAGAAACCUCCAUAUCUACUUGAUUCCGACCCUUACAACAACGGCUAUGAAAAUGACGACUUUAUUAUAUGGAUGAGAGUCGCUGCCUUCCCAAACUUCCGAAAGCUCUAUCGGCGUCUAUCUCGUAUUCAGCCAUUUACCAACGGCCUUCCAGCAGGAAAUUACAGCUACAGCAUUGACUACAAUUUUCCAGUCUCUAAAUUCAACGGCCAGAAGUACUUAUACCUGACGACACUGACCUGGUGUGGAGGGAAGAACUUGUUCCUGGGAAUCGCAUACACAGUGACGGGAGCAGUUGUUGUACUGGUGGCAGUCGCCAUGCUAGCUGUGCACUUAAAGAAAAAGAAGAAAAAAAGCCGUUAUUCUACACAAUAAAUACAUUUUAAAGAACA